AUGGCGUCGUCAUCUUAUACCCUCUCCCUUCCACUCCUGCAGCUCCCGCGGUAUGCGUCGUCCGCUCGCCUUGGGCUGAGCGCUCUCAACCGGGCUUCGCCUUCCGCCCGCCUGAAGACAGCCAAAGACCUGCGGUCCGUCGCGGCCACAUCGUACCAGCACGAAGCAGCAGGGCACGGCGACAACAGCGGCAUCGCUGCGACGACCAGCGCGCUGCAUCUGGUGGCCGGUGAUGAUGCUGCGGCCGAGCUGAUGCGGGGGGCAGCGAGGGUGCGCGGUGGUGCGCCUCUUUCACCCAAGGGACGCCCCGACAAACCGAGGGAAGGCAGCGGCGGCAAGCCUUGCGCUACCUGA